AGCUACAGCAGAUACAAACGGAGGUUUUGAUACUAUUUUUUUCCCCCUGAACGAUCUUCGUUGCUGCAGUUAGUGUAGCAGACGGAGGCGAUAAAAAGGGACUUAAGAAAUCCUUCACUGAGCAGCAGUACCUUGGAUCAUUCGUUGUUUAAGAUGUGCCCUACUUUGGAUACUUCUGCAUUGCAUGUCUAAGGAGCUCCAACUAAUCCUGAGCCAUGUCACAGAUGCUGCACAUAGAAAUUCCCAACUUUGGGAACACCGUCUUGGGCUGCCUGAAUGAGCAGAGGCUGCUGGGGCUUUACUGUGAUGUCUCCAUAGUUGUCAAAGGCCAAGCCUUCAAGGCACAUCGUGCAGUGUUAGCAGCCAGCAGCCUGUACUUCAGAGACUUGUUUAGCGGGAACAGCAAAAGUGCAUUUGAGCUCCCAGGUACGGUGCCACCAGCCUGCUUCCAGCAAAUCCUUUCAUUUUGUUACACUGGGAAACUCACAAUGGCCGCGAGUGAACAGCUGGUAGUGAUGUACACUGCAGGUUUCCUACAGAUCCAACAUAUCAUAGAAAAAGGGACAGACUUGAUGUUCAAAGUGAGUUCUCCCCACUGUGACUCUCAAACCACCAUGAUAGAAGAUCCUAGUUCGGAACCUCAGAGCCCUUGUAACCAAUUGCAGUCUGCUUCUGUGCCCUACGUCAUGUCCCCUUCCAUGCCCAUCCCGCUCCUCACCCGGGUGAAACACGAAAAUCUUGAGCUGCAACCCACAGCAGUGGCAGGCCUUCCUGCCAAGCGACCCUUGGAAGCCAGCACUCGGGAUAGUACAGGAGGGAGCGUUUCUAAUGCUGCUCCACUAAAGUUGUCUCGUGUUUCAUACUAUGGAAUGCCCAGUUUAGCUACUCUCAUCCCAAACAUACAGCAAGUGCAGUACUCCCAAGGGGAGCGGACGAGCCCAGGAGCCAGCAGCAUUCCAACUACUGAUAGUCCCACUUCCUACCACAAUGAGGAGGAUGAAGAAGAUGAUGAGGCUUAUGAUACCAUGGUCGAAGAACAGUAUGGUCAGAUGUACAUCAAAUCCUCAGGAGGAUAUUCAGUAGCUCAAGAGAAGCCAGAGCAGAUCCCACUAGAGAGUCGUUCAUGUGUCCUCAUUCGACGUGAUUUAGUUGCUCUUCCAGCAAGUCUUAUCAGUCAAAUUGGAUAUCGGUGCCACCCAAAACUCUACUCAGAGGGAGAUCCCGGAGAAAAACUUGAACUUGUUGCAGGCUCAGGUGUUUAUAUCACCCGGGGGCAGCUCAUGAAUUGUCAUCUAUGCGCAGGUGUCAAACAUAAGGUUCUUCUGAGACGUCUUCUAGCCACUUUCUUUGACCGGAACACACUUGCCAAUAGCUGUGGAACUGGAAUUCGGUCCUCCACGAGUGAUCCGAGCAGGAAGCCCCUGGACAGCAGGGUUCUUAAUGCAGUGAAAUUGUAUUGUCAGAAUUUUGCCCCAAGCUUUAAGGAAAGCGAGAUGAAUGUUAUUGCAGCCGAUAUGUGCACCAACGCCCGACGAGUCCGCAAGCGCUGGCUUCCGAAGAUUAAGUCCAUGUUGCCGGAAGGGAUGGAGAUGUACCGCACAGUCAUGGGCUCCACAACAAACAGUGUCCCCCUGGAUCCGGAAUUCCAGCCCAGCACCGCUCAAGUCUUUGAGCAGCGAAUCUAUGCAGAAAGGAGGAGUGAUUCGGGAACUAUAGUAGCUUUGAGAACUAACACAGUAAAUGUCGACCUAAGCAAUGGAUCCAACCAAUCAUUUGAACAGAGUGAGGAUGCCGAAGGGGCUGGCUCUGUUAUACAGGAGGCAGCUGGAACAGAUGUCAUGGCGUCAGAUACCCAAAGCACUCCACAACCUUUCGAACAAGGUGCCGGCUCCACUAGCCGGCCAGAAACUCCAGUGAGAAGACAAGAUGGCACUUAUGGAGGGACUUUAUAAAAGAGAGAAAACAUUUUGUGACCUAUAAGGGAUCCGUAAUACUAAAGCUGCUUGCAUGCAUUACUAAUACAAAAAAAUGUGAUCAAGCCACUUACCUACUGAACUGCUACUGUUGCCUGAAAAAAAUGUGAUUUUUAUUCUGCUUGUAUUUAAAAUUUAUGAAGGAAAUAAUUGCAUUCGUUACACUGUAAAUGACGAGGUCUAUGGCGACCUACUGAAAACAAAUAUUGGGCUCCCUUUUGAUAUUCCUGAGAUUAGCCUAUAAGAUUGUAGCUUUUUUUUUUUUUUUUAAAAGAAGGGGAGGAAAAAAGCUUGACACUCCCCGCUGCUGCACCGCAUCAUCACCCCCCCAUGCAUUAUUCAGCUCCGAAGUAAAGCCAUCAUUAACUCCUUCCUCUAGAGAAAGUUUUACCGUCACUUAACAGGAAAGAAAGAUGUGUUAAAGUAGAAGUCAUCUGACUUAGUCAUUUUUGUCUGUACAAUUGGCUCUAACAAGGCAGGGUGGGGUGGGGAAUUGCUAAAAAAAAAAGUCUCUUGUUAAAUGAUCAGAGAACAGAUCCUUAACAUUAGUGUUACUAAGUGUGAGGCUGUAACCAAGGUCGGAGGGCUCUUUGGUGUCUGUCCGCUGAUUUGUUGUUGGUUUUAGUUGCUAUAGGAUAGGGGUGGCCACAGCUUUUAUUUUAUAUUUGUAUGAGUCGGGAGGACUGCGUGGGAAUUGCAGAUUGAGACCCUGGCUGUGAUAUUCUCCUGCAGUAUGACUGCUGUGUCUCUCUCCCGGAGCUGCUCCUCCUUUCCCCCCCUGGCCAGGACGUGGAGUAGCUUUAUAUCACUGACCUUCUUGAUUGAAUCAGCUUCUACAACCUCACCUCCUCCUGCCACCUCUUCCACCUUGUGGCAGUGAUGAGAGCAAACAGUCACUCGACUGGCCCACUUGCCGGGCAACCCCUUGGCCACCUCUUUACUAGGCUAAUACUCCUUAAUAUUUAAUUUCAGUCCAAUCGCUGAGACAGAUUGUAACAGUUUCAGAGAGAAACUGAACUGCAGAAAUAGGAAAACAGAUCUAGAUCUAGAUAGAUACAUUGUUGUUUUUCCUUAAAAAAGGUAUAGGCAAAGGUUGUGGGGGAAUGAGGCUUGGAAGUAAGUGUAGCAGGCAGAGGGAGUGAGCCUCAGUGAGAAUUCAGCUGUACCUGGUAAUGGUUUGAAUGAACUUAGUUUCCAGUGGUGUGCUUGUUACAUGGCUUGGCGUGAGGGAGUGAUCUGAUUUAACUUGUUGGCAUGCACUAAUAACAGCUCUCCACAAAUACAGGAAUGCACCAUUGAGCACACCCUCCCUCACACUGAGGUGCACAUGAUAGGGGAAAAGAAAAUUAAGAUUCCCCCAGCACCCACCCACCCAUCACCCCUUUUAAAAUGUAACUGGGCCCUGCAGGAGACAAAAGUCCUAGCUUUCAGGAAACUAGUUUUCUCCAAGCCACACGCCAGAAUGUAGUUGUCAGCUUGUGGGGAUGCAUUCAGCCCCUCCAAAAGCAGUAUUACUGGCAACUGGAACAGAAAGCCACCUCACUCGUUUUGCUCUAAACAACAGAAAACUUUGCUCCAAAGAGACCAGACUUGCUUGAAAUAGCAACUCUUCCUCCAAAGAUGUCUGGCAAAGUCGAACUGGCCUAGGUUGAAACACUUGGUUUCCUUGACAGCUGCCGCAGUCUGUAAGCUCCUAAAGAGGCCUGUAACCUGCCCUGUGUUUCUAACAUUUAAAGUAUAUUAAAUACAAAGGGAAAAAUCAGAUUUGUUUUCAUAAUUUUUGGUUCUGUCCUUCCAUGAAGUACUUUUUCCUUCUACCCUCUCACUCCAAAUACCUCUUCAUGGAAGGAGACUCCAGGGGAAAUAUUUGAUCACUUAUAAAAGUAAUCUUUUCGAUGCCCUUCUGGGUACAUUUUAUGGCACUUUGCCUUCUUGGCCCUGUGUCUAACAAGACACUUAGGCAUGCAUUAUUAUGCAAUAACACACACUGUGUUACAGCUGACUGUUAGAGGCGUGUGCUAAGUGAAAGGACAUCUGGUACGUAUACAGGUAUAUGCGCAAGUCAUAAUGCAAGUUUGUCCUCCAGAGCUAUGGGUGGACGUGUGCUCUCUCUCUGUUGACUUCUUCUCAGUGCUUUCAUUUUUGAAACCGAAGGUCAGACUAGAUGAGAAAAUCCCCAAAGUGACAGUAAACCUUUCUGGAAUGUAACGACAUCCCCAGAACUUCUGAAAACAUACAGAGUGCAAAGCAUGGCACGCAGUUCCCAGAUUGCGCUUCUCAUUACCGAGCUGCUUACGUGAGUUCCAUUAUUAAGUUUGUACUACUUGCAGAGGCGAGAGAGGAUUGCAAGGUUACCUGGAUGGGAGUCAGGGAGACUGUGAGUAUGUGCUGAGAGCCAGCCUGGAGACAGUGGUGUAUGUAGAAAAGGGAAUACCAGGUGCUCGUCGGCAUGAAGCUGGUGCUUGAUAAUGCCGAGUUUGGAAUGCUUUUAAGAUUCGGGGGGAGGGAGAGUGAUAUGAAAGCCAAAUACGGCUUGUUUUUGUUUGUUUUCAUUUGUUUUUACUGUGACUAAAAUGCCUGCUUUAAAGUUAUUUACAAUUCCUUGUAAAAACAAAGUUUGAAACUAUGAACAAGUGCAAAGUGCACAAAUAGUCGUCUACAAAGGCUAUUAGUUGUUUUUGGUAACUGAAUUCACAGACAGCGCUUUGCUCAGGGGUUUACUCCUCUCGCUAUGUAAAAGCAGGGAAAGGGGGUGACCCAGCCUUUGGCCAUUUUUUUCUUCAAUACUUGAAGCUGUGUUUGCAUCUUACUAGCAAAGUUCUCCAACACUUAAGGUGUUCCAACCUCCUUCUCGAUUUGCCCUGAAUAAAAUACACAGCCGGGUCUAUUCUACCUUAUAUCUUGUGUAGCUCUCAAUUUUGUAUGAUUUUGAAUCUGGCUCUCUUGAGAUGUAACUGAGCUGGUAUUCUGCCCUCCCCAGUCACAUGGAUUGGUGCCCUUAAGACCUAUGCAAAGUUGUGUCUGAGUGGGUAUUGUUUGGGUGUAUUAAAGAGUAGGGCAUUUGUGGGCCAUAUUUUCACUUUGCCCACCUCUGCAAAUGAAAAUUUCCCUCUUGCUAUGUUUGAAAUGCCCGUUCUCUCCUACAUGCGGUGCCCAGAGCUCGCCCUGUGCCCUGUUUGCAUGGUGUAUCCAAGUGGCUGGCAGAAUAUCACACAGAGUAUGCACCUUCUGAGCUGCAUAGUAGACUGGUGCUUAUGUGCCACUUGUCAAGAUAUGGCCCUAGGAACAAAUCUUAUUAGGGACCAUAGAACUAGACUUGCCCGAGGCUGCUUUUUUCAGGGAAUUGACUGGUCCAGUUCUUUAGCCAUUUCACUGUCACCGCAGAUAAAUGCUGGGAAUCUGUCUCGAAUAGACCAACCCAAACCUCAUGGUAGCACGUCCCAUAUGAAAUGAGGCUUGGUGGGUCAGCAGUGUUCGCAGUGAGCCUCCGUUCUCACUGCAAAUCCUUCAGCUACUUGGCAGAGUUCAUUGCAAGUCAGCAACUUUCCUAAGUCGAAGAUUCAAUGAGCUGGGAAAUAGAGAUACAAGAUUUAAGUCUCUGCUUUACAUACCUGCCCCUGGGGAGGUCAGUCCUAUAAUCAGAGUGACAGUUUAAGUACUGACUAUCCCUUUAUGGAUUUUUUCAAAAUGAUACUAAAAAUCCCGCCUUCUUUUGUGUGGCACUUUUAGUGUUUGGUAAAUUUACUGAACCCUCCAACUGAGAUUCACAGUUGGCUAAAGCUUCUCUGGACCAACCUAACUGCAAAAUCAAUGCACCUAAUGCCCUGAACUGGGAGACGCUAGACUGAGUUAGCAGCAGAAGUACUUGAACGAUAUCGAAUGGCUUAGGACAGAGAAUCUGAAGGAGAGUCAAGUUGCACAGUGAAAAAAUAUAUAUUUUUAUAUCUAGCACAACUUCCUGUCAUUUCUUUUAUUUUUUAUUUUUAUUUUUUUUUAAUUAGAAAGGCAAACUUUUAAAAUGUGAAGGGUGGAGGUUUUUUUCCUUGUCUGGUAGAUGAGGGCAAGCAUUUUGCACUAAUGUUUCCUGUGUGUGGAGGAUUAAUGAUAUGUUUGAAAAUGUAUAUGGAUGAUGAUUGUAUUCUUUGGGGGGGGGGGAAUAAUCCCUUUAAAAUACUGAAUGUAAAGUGAUAACAGAGCAGUCCAUUGAUUGUAUGGGGCUUUCCUGAGUGCCUUAGAAUUUUUUGAUCAUUUUUUCCCAGGAAAACAGAUUAAGAAAAUCAGAUCAUAACCAAAUCCUCCCUCCUCUUUGGUUACGACACCCUUUUAAAUCAUUGAAUUUGGGGCUGCUUUAUAAUGUGAAUAUGAAACUGCAUUCAUCUAGAUCUGGUAGUACAAAUCGAAGCAUCAGUAUUUAUGGUAUGUCUGCACCUUUAUUCAUAUGCUUGACUAUUAGCAAUAUUACAUGUAUAUUAUAUAUCUAAAGUUAUAUCAAGCACCUUUUGAAAAAACUGAAUGGCAUUUAAGCUUACAAGUUAUAUGCAGUUGCCAUAUGGUGUAGAACCCGGACUCUCUCCUCCUCGCUAGCUCAAAUUAAAGAACAAUGUCCUGAUUACAGUUGCUGUGUAGAAGGGUAGCAUGACCUUCUACUGUAUCUCUAGCCAUCCUGUGUUAAUACUGUGCGAUUCCAGUUUUAGCUAAGAUUCGUAACGAAAAUGUUCCCAACAUAGGAUGGGGUUUCGCAAACGGAUAGGCACCUUACUGCAGGGUUGAAUCAAAGCCAAGCCUUCCAUUUAUUGGACCUGAUCUCCUCACAUAUGCCGGUGUAAAUCAGUAGUAACUCCACUAAGGUCAGUGGAAUUGCACUGGUGAUAGUCCAGUGAAAGUGAGAAGAAAAUCAGGCCAACUGUGUUUUCCUAAGAAUGCUCCUCUUUACUUCCUGGAGGAGAGGGGGAAAAACUCAUGAAGAAAUUCACCUUAGAUUCUCAAAAAGUGAAAAGUGGGUCCAUUUUGCCAUGUGUUGUGGACUGUUUGCUUUGACACUUCCUUAGCGAAUGUAACCUUUUUGCAGUCUGUUCAUACUGAAGACUCUCAUAAGGGGGCUAGAAUUAUUGCUUUCUAAAUUCCCAAUGGAUUCACACUCAAUUGCAUACACUUUAAUCUUUCUCUUUCCUCUUAUUCAUUCUCUUGCAUAAUGCAAUGCUUUAAUAUGGAAAGAGAAACAAAGGGUUAAGCUCAUCUUAUUACAAUCUUUUCUUAACAGCAACACAAAACUGGAAUUGUUCCCUAUUUAACACAUGUUUAAAGGACCAUAGCAUUCUAGACAUGGUAUUCUGCAAAGGACUGAUGCAUUUUCUCAGUCAUUUUACUGCUAAGGUUUUGUUCAGAUUGCUUAUUUUUAUGGAAAUAUCUUGCUGCAAGUGGAAAAGGGUGUAUGGCCCAUUAACCAACUGAAAACUUAUAGACAACUCCUGUUUGCUUCUACUGGCAGUAAAUUCUAAACAGAAAAUUGAGAGUUCAUAGCUGUCUUGGGCUUCAACUACUGUUUCAAAGUGUUUCUGCUGUAUAAAUUCGUCAUUAUGUCAACAAGCAAGCUCCAGACAUGAUUAUUACCAUGCCCAAGAUAUUCAGGGCUUGCUACGAGAUGGUUAUAAAAAUGAGGGUUUUAAAAAAAAAAGUAAAUCUAAAAAGAAAUGUUGAAGUCUAAAGCACUCAAAUUGGAAAACCUUCAAGUGUUCUGAUCAGUUUCUUCCAUUCUAAGCAUUUUGCACAGGAUUGUGAUUUUUAUGUCAAAAUAAAAGCCAAAACUUGCAAUACUAUUUUUAGCAGACAAAAAAAAAAACAAAACAAAAAAAAACCUAAGUAUAAAUGUAUAAAUAUUUUUGACUUGAACAUUUGGAUGGCACUUGAUUCAAAUAGAACAUUAAUCCUUUGGACAGAAUGUUUGGAAAAAAGACAAAGUACAAGGUUGUUUUUAAAGAGUCUGUAUAGGGUAUUAAGUAGUACUGUAAUUCAUGACUGUUAAAAAAAACACA